AGCAACAGGCUUGACGCGAGGCACGUUAGUUAGAUGACGCUUGAAUGUUGGCUAAACAAAACAUGGCGUCCCCCUGUGUGAACGCGGAGGGGUUUUGUUGAAUUAAACCACAGGAAAUAAUCGUCAGAAUAUUCGCGGUCGUAUGAACAUCAUAUUUUAUUUCCUAUAUAGUAUCAUAUUUUGAACAAGUUGUUAGGUAGCUGGCCGGCUGACUGGCUACUUCAGUAAAUGAAGGAAAACAAGGAAAAUUCAACUCCUGGAAAUCCGACUGCAAGCCUGGACCACAUAAAGCCAUGCUGGUAUUGGGACAAGAAGGACUUGGCGCAUACGCCCUCACAAUCCGAGGGUCUCGAUCCAGCGACUGAGGCCAGAUACAGGCGCGAGGGAGCCCGGUUCAUUUUCGACGUUGGGACGCGCCUGGGAUUGCACUACGAUACUUUGGCCACUGGAAUCGUCUAUUUCCAUCGUUUCUAUAUGUUUCAUUCAUUUAAGCAAUUCCCCAGAUAUGUCACUGGGGCGUGCUGUUUAUUCCUUGCUGGGAAAGUGGAGGAGACUCCAAAGAAAUGUAAAGACAUCAUAAAAACAGCUCGCAGUUUAUUGAAUGAUGUUCAGUUUGCACAGUUUGGGGAUGACCCUAAGGAAGAAGUCAUGGUGUUGGAAAGAAUAUUAUUGCAGACAAUUAAGUUUGAUUUGCAAGUGGACCAUCCGUACCAAUUUCUUCUUCGCUAUGUCAAACAGCUAAAAGGCGACAAGAAUAAAGUGCAGAAGCUGUUGCAGAUGGCUUGGACCUUUGUAAACGACAGCCUGUGCACCAUGCUGGCCCUGCAGUGGGAGUCUGAGAUUAUCGCUGUAGCCGUCAUGUACCUCGCCGGGCGCCUCUGCAAGUUCGACAUCCAGGAGUGGACCUCCAAGCAGUCCGCCCGCCGCUGGUGGGAGCAGUUUGUCCAGGAUGUCCCUGUGGAGCUACUGGAAGACAUCUGCCACCAGAUCCUGGACCUGUACUCCCAGGGCAAGCAGCCCAUCCCGCAACAGGCCGGGCUGUCGGAGAAGGAGAAGGCCACGCCCACGCUGCAGCAGCUGCAGGCCAUAGCGCUGGCCCAGCAGCAGACCCAGCCUCCCCCGCUCCCUCCGGCCCCGCCCGCGCCCAAGAAGGCCUCUCCACAGGCCAGCCCUCCACGCCAACUGAAGAGGCCCCACGUGAGUGGACAGCAGCAUCGUCAGGUCGCAUCUCCAAAAGAAGAGCCCAAGCCAUCAGUAGAACAAGUUGGCUCCAAAAUCCCCCGUCUGGAGACCCCAAUGCCCCCUCCGCCCACAGCGCAGCCCCCUCCUGAGCGCAAGCCCCCUCCAGCGGAGGCUGAGGUUUCCAGGCCUGGAGAACCCGCGGAGGUGCCCAAAGCUCCAGCGCCCCCUCCUCCCCACCCCGCCCCCAUUCACCAGCCCCCUCCCCUGCCCCACCGCCCGCCACCUCCACCCCCCUCCAGCUACAUCAUGGGCAUCCCCACCUCCAGCUCCUACAUGUCCGGAGAGGGCUACCAAAGCCUGCAGUCCAUGAUGAAGACCGAGGGCCCCUCCUACGGAGCCAUGCCCCCCUCCUACGGGCCCCCCAUGCCGUACCACCCGCACGUGUACCCGCCCAACCCCCCGCCCCCCGUGCCCCCGCCCUCCGCCUCCUACCCCCCGCCCAACCUCCCUCCCCCCUCCCCGUCCUACCCGCCUCCAGGGUACAACCACAGCUACCCCCCUCCACCGCCCAGAAUGCCCCCGGGUCACGGCGUGCCCCCUCCGGGGAUGGGCAUGCCUCCCGCCGGCUACCCGCCCCCACCGGGGCCCCCUGGGAGCCAGUCCCAGCCACCCCCGCCCCUGCCCCCAGGAAUGCCCCCCGUCGCCGGAAUGAACCGAGGAGGCUGGAUGAGAUGAGCCGCUGGAGAAGACCCGCCUGCUUUUUCUCGAAAGCAAAGGCCGCCACUUCUACGGCGAAGGGCAGUUUAUAGUUCAGCAAUUUAUGAUCAUCUCCACUAACGAUCGGGUCGCAACAACCUUUAGUUUAUACUAGAAUGACGGACGAUGUGAUGUCAUCGUCGUGCCCAUCGCUGAGACUUAAAUUUGUAUUGAACAUUGACCCUGGUUCAAUUGUUUGACAACCUUAUUAUAGAAUGUUCUCAUCUGUAAUUUUCUUUUGCGAAGUGUCAUUGACUAGCUUCCGUGUCUCAAGCCCCACCUCUGUGUUUUGUUAGUUUAUGCUUUUUAUGAGCGACCGCAUACCAAAAUCGAAGUCGAGCGAUAAUGGAAUGUUGGUGACAAUGUUGCUGAACAUACAUCGCCUAACUAUAAACUGACCUUGAGAUGUGAAAAAUCUUAACAGUACUCUUUAAUAUAUUAAAUAUUUUUUGAGGAAAAAGUCUAAAGAUUAUAUAUUGUUUUGGAACGGGGAAUGGAAGGUAGCACACUAUUUGGGUGUUGUUGCAGUACCACCUAAUUUUGUUGAGUGGACAAGGUCUGGUUAUUUUGUCUUUCUGAUGGCAGUAAUCAUCCAAGUGAACCUCACAAGGAUGAAAAUCUUGAUGACUAGCCAUCUGAUCCGUUUCUAGUCUUACUAGAAUUGGUGUUUGUAUGAAGUCCACCAGCGAGAGGUGGCCACCAUUUUGUGAAGCAUGGAAUGACUCCUUUGGCAGUGCUUUUUCCAUCCCUGUUGUCAUGUAUGAGAUUGGUAUGCACGAUUCCCACGGUUCCCAUUUAGCAGAGUAAUGCUGUUAAUUGUAGACCAGUCUGAUGUUCUUUGCCUGUUCAGUUGAAGUUAUUAGCACAUUACUUUAAAAUACUGGGUUUAUUCUACUGUUUGAUUCCCAAGGGGAUCAAACUAACUGGGUCAUUCUUUAGUUUAAGGCACUGUAUAGUAUUCACACAUUUCUAAUUUGAUUCGUCCUGACUGUUUCUGUCAUUAGAUUGUGCUGGAGGGGGGGUAAAUACACAAACAUGUUUGUAUGUUUACUAAGGUUUGUUCUGAAGAAUAAAGAUCGUCAUGAGAAUGAAUGAACAAACCAUUCAGCACUAGAGGCCACUUUGUAAAUGGUGUUUCUUUGUAAGAGCUUUCCAACUGUGCCUUUAACUUUUCAGUAGCAGACAGUUUAGGAAAACAAAAUGGUUGAUUAAUAUGUGAAGUAAUGUCUAAAUCUGCUGUACAUGACACUUAUUUCUGUAAGACUAUUAUUUCUAAGAAAAAUACAUUAAAAACAUUACUUUCAUGUGUCA